GUUACCCCUCUCUGUUUAUUUUUUUUCAUCCACUUUCUCUUUUACGCACCCUCAUCUUCUCCCCCUUUUCUUCUUCUUCCACGCCCCUCCCCCUAGUUUCAGUACAGCAACGAGUGAGAACACAGAGAGCGAAACCAGUAGUGGUAAAGUUGGUAAGUUUUCUAGGGAGCAUAGUUCUCACUUUCUCGGUGUUGCAUAUUUUCCGGUGCUGGUGUGGCAGUUUUCCGGUGAAAACUUACGGUCAUGGAAAUACCCAGUAGUGGGUUUCAUGGCCAAGCUGAUAGAUAAAGGUGCUCUCUGUAUCUUUUUCCUUGGAUCAUCAACUCUAGGGCUCUCUCUUUACCUGAGGAAUUUCUCUGUAAAUCCACCAAAUCAAGGCAUUCUCGUGUUUGAUACUAAAUUCCGAAGCUUCCCUUUGCCUGGUUCAGCUAUUACUUGGAGCAAUGAUGGAAGAUGUUGCAGUAAUGAGAGGAGACAAACUGAUAUUGAGAGGGUUGAAGUUCCAUGGAUAUCAUGGGGUGAAGCCAGAAGAAAGGAAGCUGGGUCAGAAAUUCUUGGUGGACAUUGAUGCCUGGUUGGACCUUCGGCAGGCUGGUCAUUCUGAUUGUUUGUCAGAUACCGUUAGCUACACUGAUAUUUAUCGAAUAGUUAAAGAAGUUGUAGAAGGACCUCCUCAGAAUCUUCUAGAGUCGGUGGCUCAGCUUAUUGCGUCAAUCACUUUCACGAAGCACCCGCAGAUAUCUGCUAUUCGUGUGAAAGUUGGAAAGCCUCAUGUUGCUGUUCCUGGUUCUGUUGACUACCUGGGCGUUGAGAUUCUGAGAUACAGAAGUGUAGAUGUACCAAACUAAGCUUAUUUUUUACCCUUUCUUCCCCACUUUUUAUUUUAAAUGAAUGCAAAGGGAGAAAUGUAGGAGACAUUGUAGGGGGAUUGACUUCUAAUUUCUUGUUCUACUGUAAACAAUUUGUACGUUUCAUACAUUAUUCAUGCUACUUGAAAUUAAAACAGAAUGAAAUUAUUCUA